AGCUGAGUCCUCUGUAAUUAUUUUCUGUGUGAAAAAUCUGUCAAGCCACUGAGAACUGGAUAUUGAAGAGCACUGGGAUCUUGUGUUCUGAUAUGCUGAUUUUUUUGGCUAACAACAGGUGUGUGUGGUAUUUAUGGUUCAAUUUCCUUUCCUAUGGAGCCUGGCAAUGGAAGGAGUGCAAAUGGGUGCCCUAUGGUGAGAGAACUGUUUUUGUAGCCCAUACAGCCAUGAGCAGUAUGUGAAAUGUUACUUUCUUUUGUGCUUUGACUGUUGAGCAGUUUACAAAAAUAGAUGUUGUAUGGAGACUUCUUCCUUCUAUUUUGGGGUACAGAUUCAUGUCUGUUUCCCCAAAAAUAUGUGAAGUAAAUUUUGUAUGACAUCCUUAUAUAUGUUUUGUCCAUCAUUCUGAAACUUGCUAGAUGGUUUUGCCUCAUUCAAACUUUUGAGUCUGGAAUGUUGCUUAAAUCUAGACAAGUCAGUGAAACACUUGAAUCCUUUUAACAACUCUAGAGGAAAAUAAGUGUAAAACAAUGGCAUUUAUUCACCAUCAGUUGGUGACCCUUGUGAACGAUUGUGCACUGUCAGCCUCUUGAAUUAGAAUUUAUUGUUUUUUGUGGUUUGUGUAGCAUCAAACAUAUCGGCAAGACUUGCUCUAAAGCAUGUCUAUGCUGCAGAAUUUUUCAGAAUGGCUAUUUUGAUUGGCUUGGCUUGAAGAGGGAAAGACAAGCUCCAGCUUGGAGCUGUGGGGGAGAAAACAGAUUAAAUACUUACAGUUCUGUGGUGCAGUGCAAGUACCUGAGGCACAGGAGGCUCUUCAGGAGCACAGGCAACAUUUCUGAGCUGUGCCUCUGCCGGUGUGGGAGCUGGAGUACACUGAGAGAAAAAAGAAUUUUUUCUCCCAUGGGAAAGUGCUUGAUUGAAAGGUGAGUAGGAAGAAAGUGAGCACUGGAAAAUCCCCUCUGCUUUCUAGCUCGGUGUCUGCCAGAGCCAGACGUUUGAGCUGUGCGGGAAUUGAUUUAUAACCUCUCGGGGAAGCUGGGAAAUCUGACAAAGAUAGUGCUGCCCACUAACAGUGGGGGAAACAGGAAGUAACAAAGGAAACAAGUCAUUGCCUCGGCGUCACUUUUGGCCACAGUGCAGUGCAGAUGCACAAGCAGUUGGGGCAGGGUUUCUUUUCCUUUCGUGUGUUGAGCAGACAGCGGCCACAGCUGUGGCUUUCAAGCUGGGAGUACCCAAACGUGAGAGCAGUGCAGAAAUGUUCCUGCCAUGCCUGAGAGGGGUCAUAAACUGUUAAUGGCUUUGUCAUCACAAAGGAAACAAUCACUCGGUGAAGCUGUCAGCAGAAAAACGAUGUGUCGAUCGGACAGGGUCACCAGAAUGAUGGCCUCGCAGGAGCAGGUCUGGCCAGUCCCAAUGAAGGCAAUUGGAGCACAAAACCUUCUGACAAUGCCUGGAGGAGUCACCAAGGCAGGGUAUCUUCAUAAAAAAGGAGGCACCCAGCUGCAGAUCCUGAAGUGGCCACUGAGAUUUGUGAUUAUCCAUGAGGGAUGUAUCUACUAUUUUAAGACCAGCACAUCUGCAUCUCCCCAGGGUGCAUUUUCUUUGAAAGGUUACAACAGGGUUAUGCGAGCAGCUGAGGAGACAACAUCAAGCAAUGUGUUUCCUUUCAAGUUAGUUCACAUAAGCAAGAAGCACAGAACGUGGUUUUUUUCAGCUUCUUCUGAAGAUGAAAGAAAGAAUUGGAUGCUAUCCUUGAGAAGAGAAAUUAGUCACUACCAUGACAAGAAAGAAACGUUAAUAGAAUUCAGUGACUCUGGUUCUGAUGCAGACAGUUUCUAUGGCUCAGUAGAACGUCCCAUUGACAUCAAGUAUUCCCAUCAUUCAGCAGAUAAUGAAGAUUAUGACCAGGAGGAAGAGGAUGAGUCUUAUUUGCAGCCAGAUACUUCUGAUAUAGUGAAAGAUGAUAUGGUCCUUCCCCCUGCGUACCCACCUCCACCUGUUCCUCACGUCAGGAAAUCUCCCUUCUCAGAAGUGAGGGCACAUUCCUAUGCUGGCACACCAACUGCACCAGUACCACCACCACCUCCUAAGAGAAGCUUACCUGAAAUCAAACUAGAGCCUCCCCCUGUGCCCCCUUUACCUGUGUUCAAAAAGCCUGCGAGUGGCAAAGGGUCUCACCCACUGCCUCCAGAGCCUCUGCCUGCACCACAAGUCCUCGCUCCUCCGGAAGCAUGCGAGAAGCUAAAAAGCUUAAACCUUUCCCCACGGACUCCUCCUCCUCUGCCAGGCAAUAAACCCAAGCUGUCACAGCUUGUUGAAAAGCUAGCAGAGUCCAAAGUGCCACGGGAACAUGGUAAACCUGGACUGUUUGUGCCACCAGUGCUCCCAAAGCCACCUGUGCCAAGCCACCAGCCCCCUGCAGUCAAGCCUAGAACAGAGAAAUCUUUAUGUCACCAGUUACAGAGAUCACCACCAGAUGGACAAAGUUUUAGAAGUUUUUCAUUUGAAAAGCCAGCACUACCCUCCAAGCCAAGCCAACCUGAUGAUAACUCUGAUGAUGAUUAUGAAAAAGUUGGGCUGCCUGUUUCGAUAUUUCUUAAUACCUCUGAAUCCUUCGAAGUUGAAAGGAUAUUUAAAGCUAGUAGCCCACAAGGACAACCACAAAAUGGAUUGUAUUGUAUUAGGAACUCAUCUACUAAGCCUGGAAAGGUAUUGGUUGUAUGGGACGAACCUGCAGGAAAAGUGAGAAACUACAGAAUCUUUGAAAAGGAUGGCAAAUUUUACCUGGAUUCAGACAUCAUGUUUUUGAACAUGGGAAGUUUGGUGGAAUACUACAGCACUCACAUCUUACCCAGUCAUGACAGCCUGAUUCUCAGAUGUCCUUAUGGUUACUCUAAGCCAAGGUGACGUGACAGCUAUGGUUCACUGACACCCCUGAGGACAGGACUCCUGCUGCUGUUGGACAUCCCACUGUUUGCACACACAAAUUGAGUCCGUUUCCACCAUUUAUUCUUACAUGAAUUGUUAUAUAAAUUCCAUUUAAUGAACUUCUGGUAAAACCUUAAAGUCCAGAUCAGCGGAUUUUAUGGUCCUCUACAAAGAUUUGAACUGAUUAUGCUGUGAAAGCUGUCCAGGAUACCCACACCUUUUAUAAAAUUGCUGCUAUUACUAAUCUCCUUGGAAUGUCGAAGAUGAACAUGAACAAAGAAGUGGUCUGAAUACAACUGAUCUAGAAAAUGAAAGUAUGUCAGAAUUUAUUUGUGACAGGGAAUACUAAUACUCUGACUUGGAGGCACUACUCCUAAAGUCAGCAUUGGUGCUCGACUGAGAUAUUUUGUAUUACUUGUAUAGUUGAUGUGUACAUUAUGAAGAUUUCUGUGCAAAUUAUUUGAUUUACUAUAGGUAAAGAUAAUCAGGAAAUUAGGCUUUUUUUUUAAGCCACCUCUUACAUCGUUGUACCUUCUGAGUACAGUAAUCACUAUCAGAUACCAUCUGGCUGGUAUGGGUGUGGCAUCCCACAUACUGCCUGAUGACGUGCACUUCAGGUAAAUGGGGAACAAUAUUGAUUUGGCUUUCAUGGGAGCCCCAUUACCAAGUUCUGAACUAGAAGGGUUUGUGCCACUGGUAUUUUUUAAAGGGUAUGAGAAAAGAGAAAGGGCUACUUGAGUUUUUGGGGAAGGGAGUCAUUUGAAUGUUCCAAAUUCCAACUGGCAGUUUUAUCUCACGUUGCCAUAGUCAAAGGUUCUUUAAACAAAGCAGAAAAAAACACAUGAAACCAUGAUUGUGAUGCUACUAUCAAUCCAUAAAUCCUUGUGGUCACUCUUAGGAACAGGCUGUCAGCCCACUGAAUUACUUUCUGUUCUAGGGCAAAACACACUACCCUAGUCUACUACCACAAAUUUUUCUAUUACUAUAAUUUCUACUUAGUUUGUAGUUGCAUGCAAAACAAAAUCUGUUUUUAAUAUACUAUCAAUAAAGACAUUACCAGGGUGCUUGUACCAUUUGUUCCCUAAUACUUUGGGGACAGGUAUCUUAAAUCCAAAGGUUUGAUGUUUAUGCCAAAAUUACUUUUGGAGAAUAAAUUUAUUCUAAUAAUCUUUUAAGUAAUUCUGUUGAUCCAAAAUACUGUCAUAAUGGUCUUGUACUCUAAUAAUGUUUACAGCACUUAAUUACCACAGUAAUAGUAGUAAAAAAAAAAAAUACUGCCACUCCUGAAACAGAAUGUAUCUAGAUUUUAUCAGUCUGAAUCUGUAUCAAUCAACUUUUUUUUUGUUACCUUUUCAAAGUUUAUACAUGCCUAUUUUAACCUGGUUACCAUUAGAUGGUCACAACUUUAAAAUCAUAACAAAGCCAUUACAGAUUAAGAAUUUGCUUUUUAUGAAGACAAUAAACCAGGAUUUAGUCCCUAGGGAAUUUUCCUUACUCACCAGAUGGAAUAUGAGGAUCAUACACAGGACUUGAGGCAGGAAACUCUGCCUCUAUCUUUUCAGAGAGACACAGACAUAUACAGUAUCAGUCUUUUGAUCUCUGUUCCUGCCAUAAUAGGGCUUAUGUGUGUAAAGAAUGUGAAGUUCUUAAAAUUCAGAUUCUGUUGAAUAUUUUAAGUCUAAUUCCUUUGAUUUUAAAUUAGUAGCCCUGUAGUGCACUACCCUGACAUGAUCCUCUCUAAAGAAGGCUAAGCCAAGGCAGCAUUUUAAAAACUUUUUUGGCAAAUAGUUAUAUGUACAUCAGAAUAUGUUCAAGUUUCUUGCAAUAUUCACACCUAACUGUCUGGAGAGUAAGAUUUUCUCUACUUGGGAAUAAUUGACUUCAUUGUGUCAUGACACAAUCAUAUUUAUAGUUAUGCUCUCUUUGGGGCCCUGUUUAGAUAUUUGAUUGUUUUCUCAACCUUACACUCAGAAGAUUUUUAAAUUGUAAAUAUUCAUUUAAACCAUAACACUCUCUUUACCUGUGUAAUACAAGAAUUGCAAAUAUGUAAAUUUUUGUGUUAAAUCCUUUUUAUAUCUAAAUGUAUAGAUUUCUGAAAUGGAUAAACUUUCAAUGCCAAUCGA